GGACAGUCCCCCACAGGAAUUAUCUGGCUUAAAAUGUCAGUAGAGCCAAGGCUAAGAAACCCUGACGGUAGCUCUUUUUAACAUCUCUGAUCCAAGGGAACUAUUGGCCAGGGACAAAGAUCCCUCCUUUCUUAAGUAGGGUGGCAAGAAUGGAAUUUAACGUUUUAUUGAUGCCUCUGGGUUACCCCACAGGUGCCCCUGAGGUGGGAACACCUCCUUUUCUCUCCAUUAAACAUGACUUAACUUCAUUUGAAACUUGCUUGCAUCGUUUACAUAUAAAUAGCCAUGCUAAAACCAGUGAAACCACUUAGCCUGUGGGGUGGUUAAACCCAUUCCCUGCAGAGAACAUUGGUGGAGUGGGGCCUGCACUGCUACAGACUUGUGAGCCUCGCUUUUCUCCCCUGUUAAAGGACAGCUGGAACAGUGAACCAUGGAGCUGUAUUUCGGUGAAUAUCAACAUGUGCAGCAGGAAUAUGGGGUCCAUCUGAGACUCGCAAGUGAUGAUACCCAAAAAUCAAGGAGUUCCCAGAACUCCAAGGCAGGCUCCUACGGUGUCAGUAUUCGGGUCCAGGGAAUUGAUGGUCACCCCUAUAUUGUCCUGAAUAACACAGAACGGUGCCUAGCAGGCACAUCGUUUUCUGAAAAUGGGCCACCCUUUCCACCUCCAGUGAUAAAUAACCUGCCUCUACAUUCCAGCAAUGGUUCUGUGCCAAAGGAGAACAGUGAAGAACUGCAGCUUCCAGAAAACCCAUACGCCCAGCCUAGCCCAAUAAGAAACCUGAAACAGCCCCUGCUCCAUGAGGGCAAGAAUGGAGUUCUAGAUCGCAAAGACGGGUCUGUGAAGCCAUCUCACCUGCUGAACUUUCAGAGGCAUCCAGAGCUUUUGCAACCCUAUGACCCUGAAAAGAAUGAGUUGAACUUACAAAAUCACCAGCCUUCUGAGAAUAAUUGGCUAAAAAAGUUGACAGAAGAAGGCAUCAACAAUAAGAAGCCUUGGACUUGCUUUCCCAAACCUAGCAAUUCCCAGCCUACCAGUCCGUCCUUGGAAGACCCGGCCAAAUCUGGUGUGACAGCUAUUCGUUUAUGCAGCUCCGUGGUCAUAGAGGACCCCAAAAAGCAGACCUCAGUGUGUGUAAACGUUCAGAGCUGCACCAAGGAGAGGGUGGGAGAGGAGGCCCUUUCCACUAGCGGGAGGCCCCUGACUGCCCACAGCCCACAUGCCCACCCUGAAACCAAGAAAACCAGGCCAGAUGUUCUUCCCUUCCGGCGACAGGAUUCAGCGGGACCCGUCCUGGAUGGAGCUCGGUCCCGGAGGUCCUCCUCGUCAUCCACAACUCCCACGUCAGCCAACUCUUUGUACAGGUUUUUACUGGAUGAUCAGGAAUGUGCCAUCCAUGCCGACAACGUCAAUCGUCAUGAAAACAGAAGGUAUAUUCCCUUCCUGCCAGGAACUGGACGGGAUAUUGAUACAGGAUCAAUUCCUGGUGUGGAUCAGUUAAUUGAAAAAUUUGAUCAAAAACCUGGGCUUCAGAGAAGAGGAAGGUCUGGGAAGCGAAACAGAAUUAAUCCAGAUGACAGGAAAAGAUCCAGAAGCGUGGAUAGCGCCUUUCCUUUUGGCCUCCAAGGGAACUCGGAGUACCUGAUUGAAUUCAGUAGGAACUUGGGCAAGUCAAGCGAACACCUCCUCCGGCCUUCCCAGGUGUGCCCGCAGCGGCCACUGUCUCAGGAGCGCCGUGGGAAACAUAGCGUGGGCCGCACCUUUGCAAAGCUGCAGGGAGCAGCGCACGGGGCUUCAUGUGCCCAUUCCAGUCCUCCCCAGUCGAACAUAGAUGGGAAAGUUCUGGAAACCAGAGGUAGUCAGGAAAGUACAGUGAUCCGUGCGCCCUCCCUUGGUGCACAGAGUAAAAAGGAGGAGGAGGUGAAAACAGCCACCGCUACGCUGAUGUUACAGAACCGGGCAGCAGCAACUUCGCCUGAUUCUGGUGCCAAGAAAAUUUCCGUGAAGACAUUUCCUUCGGCCUCAAAUACUCAGGCCACACCGGAUCUCUUAAAGGGCCAGCAAGAGCUCACUCAGCAAACCAAUGAGGAGACAGCUAAGCAGAUUCUCUACAAUUACCUCAAAGAAGGAAGCACUGAUAAUGACGAUGCUACUAAAAGGAAAGUCAACUUGGUCUUUGAGAAAAUCCAGACCUUAAAGUCUCGAGCAGCUGGGAGCGCCCAAGGAAAUAACCAAGCUUGUAAUUCCACAUCUGAAGUCAAAGAUCUAUUGGAACAGAAAAGCAAGUUGACCAUAGAAGUGGCUGAACUUCAGAGACAGCUUCAACUGGAAGUCAAGAAUCAACAGAACAUUAAAGAAGAGAGAGAGAGGAUGAGAGCAAAUCUAGAAGAGCUCCGAAGCCAACACAACGAAAAGGUGGAGGAGAACUCCACAUUGCAGCAACGACUGGAAGAAAGUGAAGGGGAGCUCCGGAAGAAUCUGGAGGAGCUAUUCCAGGUGAAGAUGGAACGGGAGCAGCAUCAGACUGAGAUCAGGGAUCUCCAGGACCAGCUCUCAGAAAUGCACGAUGAACUGGACAGUGCAAAGCGAUCGGAGGACAGGGAGAAGGGAGCUCUGAUUGAGGAGCUCUUACAGGCAAAACAGGAUCUUCAAGAUCUGCUGAUUGCCAAAGAGGAGCAAGAAGACCUCUUGAGAAAGCGAGAGCGUGAACUCACCGCCCUGAAGGGAGCCCUGAAAGAAGAGGUUUCCAGCCAUGAUCAGGAGAUGGACAAGCUGAAGGAGCAAUAUGAUGCUGAGUUGCAGGCCCUGAGGGAGAGUGUGGAAGAAGCAACCAAGAAUGUCGAGGUCUUGGCGAGCAGGAGCAACACUUCAGAGCAAGACCAGGCGGGGACCGAAAUGCGCGUGAAGCUUCUGCAGGAGGAGAAUGAGAAGCUGCAGGGAAGAAGCGAAGAGCUGGAGCGGAGAGUUGCUCAGCUUCAAAGGCAGAUCGAGGACCUGAAAGGCGAUGAAGCCAAGGCGAAGGAAACGCUGAAGAAGUACGAGGGAGAAAUACGACAAUUAGAGGAGGCCCUUGUGCACGCCAGAAAGGAAGAAAAAGAAGCUGUGUCAGCCAGAAGGGCCCUGGAGAAUGAACUGGAGGCUGCUCAGGGAAAUCUGAGUCGGACUACCCAGGAGCAGAUGCAGUUGUCUGAGAAGCUCAAAGAGGAGAGUGAGCAGAAGGAGCAGCUAAGAAGGUUGAAGAACGAGAUGGAGAAUGAGCGGUGGCACCUGGGCAAGACCAUUGAGAAACUGCAGAAGGAGAUGGCAGACAUUGUUGAGGCCUCCCGUACCUCAACCCUGGAGCUCCAGAACCAGCUGGAUGAGUACAAGGAGAAAAACCGCAGGGAGCUCGCAGAAAUGCAAAGACAGUUGAAGGAGAAAACCCUGGAGGCAGAAAAGUCCCGACUGACAGCCAUGAAAAUGCAGGAUGAGAUGCGUCUGAUGGAGGAAGAGUUACGGGACUACCAGAGAGCUCAGGAUGAAGCACUCACAAAAAGGCAGCUUCUGGAGCAGACGCUGAAGGACCUGGAGUAUGAGCUGGAAGCCAAGAGUCACCUCAAAGAUGACCGCAGCAGACUGGUCAAGCAGAUGGAGGACAAGGUGUCUCAACUGGAGAUGGAACUGGAAGAAGAGAGAAACAACUCAGAUUUGCUGUCUGAGAGGAUCAGUAGGAGCAGGGAACAGAUGGAGCAGGUGAGGAAUGAGCUACUUCAGGAGAGAGCUGCGAGACAAGACUUGGAGUGUGACAAGAUUUCCCUGGAGAGGCAGAACAAGGACUUAAAGAGCCGGAUUAUCCACCUGGAAGGUUCCUACAGGUCCAGCAAAGAGGGGCUAGUUGUGCAGAUGGAGGCCAGGAUCGCGGAGCUGGAGGACCGCCUGGAGAGUGAGGAGAGGGAUCGGGCCAAUCUUCAGCUCAGCAACCGGCGGCUGGAGCGGAAAGUGAAGGAGCUGGUGAUGCAGGUGGAUGAUGAGCACCUGUCAUUGACUGAUCAGAAGGACCAGCUGAGCUUGCGUUUGAAAGCCAUGAAGCGGCAGGUGGAGGAGGCUGAGGAGGAAAUCGACAGACUGGAAAGUUCUAAAAAGAAGCUGCAGAGGGAGCUGGAGGAGCAGAUGGACAUGAAUGAACAUCUGCAGGGGCAGCUCAACUCCAUGAAGAAGGACUUAAGCAGACUGAAGAAGCUGCCGAGUAAAGUGCUGGAUGACAUGGAUGACGACGAUGACCUCAGCACGGAUGGGGGAAGCCUCUAUGAGGCGCCUGUGAGCUACACAUUCUCCAAGGACAGCACCGUCGCCAGCCAGAUCUGAGUGCUCUCCCGGGCUGUGGAAGUGCCUGUCAUUCCUGCAGGAGCUGCAGCCACCCAAAGUGGGAGGCAGGGAGGGGAGCAUCUGUCUGCCACUGAGACCUAUCACAGCCUCUUUGCACAGCAUGCCAGCUCCUCAGUGUUACGUUCCUCGCCAGGGUCUCUCAGUGGGUCUUCGACGGGGAGCUUUUGCAGUUUAAAAUGUUGGGAUGCCUGAGGACCAGGAGCCACCACCCACUGGGGUAUUGUGAGAGAUACACUUUGGUAGGCUGAGGCCCCUGUUCCACAGCCACUAUUUGCAUUGCUGUCCCUGCCCCCUCAUCACUCCCACUGCCAAGACAAAGGGUCCAGAAGGCUAGGACUUACUUAAUAGCACUGUGCAGGGAGGAAACCAUGUAUAGCUUGUACAUAUUUUAAACCAGACCUUCUCACGAACUGCUGCUGUUGGGUUUGGAAUGUGAUGGAGGCUUGGUAGGGUGGCUGGUUUGUAAAGUUCAUGCAUCUGUAUUGAGUAUUCUUUUUUUUUUUUUGAGAUGGAGUUUCAUUCUUGUUGCCCAGGCUGGAGUGCAAUGGCGCAACCUUCGCUCACUGCAACCUCUGCCUCCCUGGUUCAAGUGAUUCUCCUGCCUCAUCCUCCCAAGUAGCUGAGAUUACAGAUGACCGCCACCACUCCUGGCUAAUUUUUUGUAUUUAGUAGAGACGGGGUUUCGCCCUGUUGGUCAGGCUGGUCUUGAACUCCUGACCUCAGGUGAUCCACCUGCCUCAGCCUCCCAAAGUGCUGAGAUUACAGGCAUGAGCCACCGCGCCCAACCAUUGAGUAUUCUUUUUUAAAAUAUGAAGCUAUUAGAUUUUAAGUGUUGAGGAGCAGAGGUGAGAAGAGAGAGAGAGAGAGAAAGUCAAAUAAAGUCAAAGACCAGUUUGGAAACCAAAGUUGGAAAAGAAGAAUUGUAGUGGUCAAGGACAGCUAAGACUGAGCAUAGCAGUUAACAUGGUCUGGGUAAACAAGUCACUGGCACAGGGGAAAGCCAGAAGGUUGCUUGUGUCUGUGACUGCAGCUAUGGCCUUGUUUGCUUAGUUUAUCUAGAAUUCUGUUAUAAUUUCUGAACUGUGCUGAGACCUGUUCCCAGUCACUGAUUGCAAUUUCUUUUACACAGGUUGGGUAGGGAGAGUUGUAGGUAAGGCCUUAAACAAAUGAGGCCGUUUCUGGAAGGAUAGGGCUGUGUGGUCAUGUCCCACAGCAAGCUUUUGGGAUCGGGGGAAUAAGAGGGUAUGGGGGAAAGGUUCAUAGACUUAGGUGUGAGAAUGAGGUGGGAGGUGUCUGGUAAGGUCAUGGGGGAAGGGAGAUGAGAGAGGAGAUAGGCAGAUGUGGGUAUAGGGCCCAGUGUGAGAAGGAAGACAGAGAAGUUAUUGAAAGCUGGGGGAUGUGUGGGCAAGAGGUGGAUUGAGCAGGAUCUCAGGAUUAUGUCGAGGAAGGGAAGAAAGAAACAGAAGUCAGGCAGAGGCAUGUCUGUGCAAACUGGAGGACUCCUUCCAACUUCCUGGAACAAAGCGACAUCGCCAGCAGCAGGCUGGCAGGGAGUGGUUGAGGUCUGGGGGCCAGGCCACAUGGCUGGAGAGGAAUUUCAGGGAGCAUAGCAUUGGGAGGAUGCUAGAUAUCCGGGGACUCCCUCCUGGCCUUCCUGUGUCACUUCACAAUGUGACAGUCCCCAGGCAUGCCCACAGGCCAGGCCCAGUCACAGCUGGGCUUCCACAGGUCAGAAUAUGGGACAGGACAUGGUCAGCGAGAGGACCCUGUGAGUUGGUGACAUAUAUGUGGCAGAGAUGGUAGUGUUCAGCUGCUUCAGCAGUGUCCCCAACCAUCCCAAUAGGGUGGAGGCCUGUGGGCCAGAGGACUCCAUGACAGUUGCCAUGGAGUCCCACCUGCGCCAGGUCAGAGCCAACCUGGCAGGUUUCAGAGUGGUCAGCCCAGUUUAAGGGUGGGAGUCUGGAGCCAGACAGCCAAGCCCCUUCCACAUCUACAGGGUCACUGUCAUCCUCACCACAGCCAGGGGUGAUUCUCACCUCUGCCUGCUUAUGUGGGGUGUGGCCGAUUCCUCCCUUUAGUCAUUCAUUUAGCAAAUAUUUAUUGGGCAUCGGUGAUAUGUCAGGCACAGUCCUUGGCACACAGAAUACAGCAGUGAAUUAAACAGGCAAAAAUUCCUCCCCUCCUGGAGCUCAGUGUCAGGAAAGGGGGUGAUAAAUGACAAUCAAAUCGACAUGGAGGUUGAGCACCUCUGUACUCAGCCCUCCGUCUGUCCUUCUGAGGACGCAACAAGCCUGGUUCCCUAGAGCUCACUUUGACCCUCGAUAUGUUCAUAAUUUCCCUGCUGCUUCUCCCAUCGUUAGACAUCUGCCAGUAAGCCUGCUGAGAGAAGCCUCAGCCCACUCAUACCUAGAGACGCUGCUGGGGAAGGUCAGCACACCCAAGAACUUUGGGAGUGUGUGUCUGUUUUGGUUUGUGAGAAAGUAGCUGCCCCUCAUUCUGGCUAGUUCUUUCCAGUAGCCAUGGGGCUGGCUACAAGAAGCAAAACUGCCCAUGCAAAGAGAACACAGGUCACUUUUCAAAACACUUGCAUCAUUACCCUAAAAAUAGGCUGUUAUGCGUUUUGACAAUUGCGCUAUCCUACACUCUGAGGGAGUUGGCAAUGCAUGCGGUAUAGUGGAGUGGGAAGAGUUGAGACUGAAAGUUAAGAGAAGGGUUUUCAAGUCCCAGCUCAUCUCACCCCAGUGACCUUGACAGUGUGCUCACUCUCAGAGCCAUGGAUUACCUGGAACAAAGUGCAGAUUAGGGCCCACCGUCCUUUCCAGGUAUAACAUGCUAUCGUUCUUUAAUUUUAUUAUAUAUACAUACUUUUCUUCUGUUUUUUGCUUUAAGAACUAACCCCGAUCAAGAGUAUUUUCUUUAGCUAGCUUAAAAAGAAAACAUAUAUUUUAUGUAAAAACACAUACAUGGCCAAAUGCGAUACUGAAGAGACAAUCAUCCUGUAUCUUUUAUGGUUUUUCCUGCUUCUGAAUGUCGUUCUACAAUGCCCAUUGACUUAUUCCAUUGCGUCUCUGCCUUAGGGUAUGGUUUGGUUGCUUUGGGUUGUCAUGAGAAAGAGACAUUCUCCUUGCAGCUACCUCCAUGUAAGUGAAUUCCUGGAUAAAGCAAGAUUUCCUUUCAAUAAACGCUGUCACCCAAUGGGAAUUUUGA